UAUUACUAAAGGACGUUUUUGCAACGUCGGCUCCGAGGGUCGGCCGUGUGGAGUGGUCGUUGAACGUUUUGCAACGUUUUUCAAUUUUCUAAUCUCUUGUACGAUUUGUAAAUACGUGAAUCUCUGCGAUUAGAUGAAGUAGACGACACGGAGGUAAAAACGUAGUCAUGACGGAAGAGUGGAAACUGGAUCAUCGCGCGAGAAAGAGGAUCAAGGAGGUGAAAAAGAAGGCUCGGCCAGAGCUCGUGGGUAAAGCGGCGUGGACUCAGCACAGCUACAGUAAGAAUUUCCAAAAGUUUUGGCAAUUCCAAGACAAUGCCGAACGAAUCGACGAGUCCAACGUGCUCACGGAACAAUUCGUAGAAAAGUAUGAAAAACCUUACAAGCCUGUGAUAAUACGAGGUGUUCAAAAUGGCUGGAGGGCCCAACACAAGUGGACUAUAGAGAGGUUAGCAAAGAAAUAUCGGAAUCAAAAGUUUAAGUGCGGAGAAGACAAUGAAGGAUACAGUGUGAAAAUGAAGAUGAAGUACUACGUUCGAUACAUGUUUAAUAACCGCGACGAUUCCCCUUUAUACAUUUUUGAUAGCUCGUUCGGCGAACAUCCCAGACGAAAGAAAUUGUUAGAGGAUUAUGUAAUCCCUAAAUACUUUCGGGAUGAUCUUUUCCAUCAUGCCGGAGAGCAUCGAAGACCACCGUACCGCUGGUUCGUUAUGGGGCCCGCGAGAUCUGGUACGGGGAUACACAUAGACCCGUUAGGUACCAGCGCGUGGAAUGCAUUGAUCUCCGGCCACAAACGCUGGUGUCUCUUUCCCACGCACACUCCCCGCGAACUUCUUAAGGUAACCGCAUCCGAGGGUGGCAAACAGAGGGACGAAGCUAUCACAUGGUUUUCCAUUAUCUAUCCACGCACAAAACUACCCGCCUGGCCAGAAGAUUGUCGCCCGAUAGAGAUUCUGCAGACCCCCGGCGAGACUGUUUUUAUUCCCGGCGGAUGGUGGCACAUCGUGUUAAAUCUUGACGAGACUAUAGCGGUUACGCAAAAUUUCUGUUCGCGUACCAAUUUCCCGGUAGUCUGGCAUAAAACGGUACGAGGAAGGCCAAAAUUAUCGCGAAAAUGGUUGAAAGUACUCGGUGAUAAAGAACCGGAACUGGCAACCUUGGCGGAUACCGUAGACUUGACGGAAGACACCGGUGUUGCUAGCGACUCGUCGAGCGGUUCCUCGAGUAGUUCUUCGAGUAGUACCAGUAGUAGUCAAUCUGAGGAUAGCGGGGACGACAGCGGGGAUGACAGCGGUCAAGAAUCACUUACCGCGCACAAAAAGAAAAAGAGAAGAAAAUUGACUAAUAGCCAACCCUGACAAUAUCCAGUAUUUGGAACCUACAGAGACCUCAGACUGUACAGUAUUAACCAACAAUUAUUGUUUGUACUAAGAAUAAAUAUUAUAAUUACGAUCGUAUCUUUAUGUUCAUAACAAAA